GGCUGUCCCGGGACGCCAGUGUCCCGCGGGCCUCAGCGCUGACAGCUCAGAAGAUUGUGUCUACUCCACGGGGCCAGCAUGGACCAGUCUGUGGCCAUCCAGGAGACCCUGGACCCGGCGGAGUAUUGCGUCAUCAUAUCCUUGCCAGCACUGGCCAGCUCUCACUCUGCCCUGGCCCUGGGAGGUGGAAUGGAAGGUGCUUCCUGCCAGCCUGCUCUCCUCCUUGCUCUGUGCUGCUGCCACAGAAUUUCCUAAGUGCUUCCUUGGUUCUGGCCUCUCUGCCGCGUCUGUCCUCCCAGCCUCCCGCGAAGUCAGGGUUUAUUCGGCUAAGAUGGGGAGGGCUUCAGGAGGGCUGCUCCCUGCCAGCGUCACACAGAGAAUCUGUGUGACAGGCGGUGCAAGCUGUGCUGUGUGAGGGCAACAGCCGGCAGAGCCGCCUCCUGGGGCUGGUGCGCUCCUGCGGGAAGCUCGGUGGCCAGGAGCAUGCUCUCUUCCUGUAUACACACCGGAGGAUGGCCAUUACCGGGGAUGACGUCUCUCUGGACCAGAUAGUGCCGCUCUCACGGGAUUUCACGCUGGAAGAAGUGCUCCCAGAGGGUGAACUCUACAUUCUAGGCUCAGAUGUGACAGUCCAGCUGGACACGGCAAAACUCAGCCUCCUGUUCCAGCUACCCUUUGGAUCACACAGCAGGCUGUUCCUCCAGGAAGUUGCCAGGGCUUGUCCAGGCUUCGACUCUACGACCCCGGACCCCGAAUUCCUGUGGCUGUCUCGUUACAGGUGCGCGAAAUCUGAGCCCGAGCCUCCCGUGCCGCGUACUUGGAACUCUGCCCCAGGUGCUUCUCACCUGGACAGUUCGAAGCCAAAUGGGAAAGGCCUGCUUGUGGACCAGAGCCUGUGCAGCCAGGAUAGACCAGAAAACUUGCCCGCAAGACAGACCAAAACCAAGUCUGAAAUUUCCGAGAUGGUUCGCUCCUCCACGGUCACGGUCUCAGACAAGGCUCAUAUGCUGUCCGUGCAGCAGUUCAGGUUGCGGGACACUAUGGUGAAGUCACAGCUCGUGCAGAAGGAAGAAGACUACACCUACAUCCAGAACUUCAGGUUUUUUGUGGGAACAUACAACGUGAACGGUCAGUCCCCCAAAGAAUGCCUCAAGCCCUGGCUCUGCGAUGAUAUCCAGGCCCCAGAUGUGUACUGUGUGGGGUUCCAGGAACUUGAUCUGAGUAAAGAAGCGUUUUUCUUCCACGAUGCCCCAAAGGAGGAAGAGUGGUUUAAAGCUGUAUCAGAGGCUCUUCAUCCAGAGGCCAAAUAUGCAAAGGUGAAGCUGAUCCGACUGGUUGGGAUUAUGCUUCUGCUCUAUGUCAAACAGGAACAUGCAGCACACGUCUCAGAAGUGGAAGCUGAGACGGUGGGGACAGGAAUCAUGGGCAGGAUGGGUAACAAAGGAGGUGUGGCCAUCAGGUUCCAGCUCCACAAUACCAGCAUCUGCAUCGUGAACUCUCACCUGGCAGCCCACACAGAAGAGUACGAGAGGAGGAACCAGGACUAUAAGGACAUUUGUUCUCGGAUGCAGUUUUGUCAGGCCGACCCCAGCCUCCCCCCGCUCACCAUCAGCAGGCACGAUGUGAUCUUGUGGCUGGGGGACCUCAACUACAGGAUAGAAGAGCUGGAUGUGGAAAAAGUGAAAAAGCUCAUCGAAGAGAAGGCCUUUCAAACCCUGUAUGGGUAUGAUCAGCUGAGAGCUCAGAUGGCUGCGAGGGCUGUCUUUGAAGGCUUCACGGAGGGGGAGCUCACAUUCCAGCCCACCUAUAAGUACGACACCGGCUCCGACGACUGGGACACCAGUGAGAAGUGUCGGGCUCCCGCCUGGUGCGACCGAAUCCUCUGGAAAGGCAAGAACAUCACGCAGCUGAGUUACCAGAGCCACAUGGCCCUGAAGACCAGUGACCACAAGCCUGUCAGCUCGGUGUUUGACAUUGGGGUCAGGGUGGUCAAUGAAGAACUUUACCGGAAGACUCUGGAGGAGAUUGUUCGCUCCCUGGAUAAGAUGGAAAAUGCCAGCAUUCCUUCCGUGUCUCUCUCCAAGCGAGAGUUCUGUUUUCAGAAUGUGAAGUUUAUGGAAUUGAAAAUAGAAACCUUUGUGAUUCAUAAUGGACAAGUUCCCUGUCAAUUUGAAUUCAUCAACAAGCCUGACGAAACGUGGUACUGUAAGCAGUGGCUGAACGUCAACCCCAGCAGAGGCUACCUCCUGCCAGAUUCUGAUGUUGAGAUUGUCUUGGAGCUCUUUGUAAAUAAGACCACGGCCACCCAGCUCAACUCAGGUGAAGACAAGAUUGAGGACAUUCUGGUUUUGCACUUGGAUAGGGGGAAGGAUUACUUUUUGUCUGUGUCUGGGAACUACCUGCCCAGUUGUUUUGGAUCGCCCAUCCAUACGUUGUGCCACAUGAAGAAGCCAAUCUUGCACCUGCCCCUUGAAACAAUUAGAGAACUGACUCUGAUGCCACUUCGGACUGAAGAUGAUGGGAACCUCUCAGAGAAACCCCUAGAAAUCCCCAAGGAGCUCUGGCUAAUGGUUGAUUACCUGUAUCAGAACGCCAUGGAGCAGGAAGAUCUGUUUCAGCAGCCAGGCAUAAGGUCGCAUUUUGAGAAUAUCAGGGAUUAUUUGGAUACUGGAAAGUCUGAAGAUCUAAAAUCUGUUAGCAAUCACUCGGUUGCCGAAGCCUUGCUGCUUUUCCUGGAGAGCCUGCCAGAGCCCGUCAUCUGUUACAGUGCCUACCAUCACUGCUUGGAGUGUGCGGGCAACUACCCAGCAAGUAAACAGGUUGUUUCUACUCUUCCUGAAGUCCACAGAAAUGUCUUCAACUACUUGAUGGCGUUUUUGCAAGAACUGCUGAAAAAUUCAGCAAAAAAUCACUUGGAUGAGAAUAUUCUGGCCAGCUUAUUUGGCAGCCUACUGCUUCGAAACCCAGCUGGUCACCAAAGGCUUGAUACGGCAGAGAAGAAGAAAGCACAAGAAUUUAUUCACCAGUAUCUCUGCAACUCUUCCUGAGCCCCUCUAGCCCUGCCCUCGGUUACCAGCCCCUCCUGUUUCUGCUCAAGUGCUGCCUUCAGAGGAUAUGAGGCCCCUGGGACACAGGCGUAGCAGCUGGGGAUUCUUGAGCCCCUCCUCCUGGCUGUCACUCAGUGCUACUGUUAGCUGCGAAGACACAGGGGAAGCCCACCAGAAUAAAACUGACGUUCAGUGUUCAACUUUAGUUAUUUAACAAAUUGGAUAGAUAACCCCCCUCCCCCACCCCUCUCUCUAAUUUAAAAAAAAUGUUGAAAUAACUACUUCUCUGUUCUUCCAGCCUGCCUCUAGGGGAUAGGAGUACUUCUCUAGUUUGGGCUGAGCUUCCCAGGAUCAGAUAGUUGAAUGAACUUUGGAGUCCCUGAAGGGAGAAUGAGUUGGAUACUAAGAAUGCAAGUGGAAGGUGCAGGGUAAACAGGUCCCAGCCCAUCCCCCCUCAGACGCUCCUGGCACCAUUUGAGGACAUUUAUGUAGGCAUAUGCAAACCAUCUUGUUUCCUACUCAGCUGGGACUCAGCCACUCUGGACUACCCACUCAUUUCUGAAGGCAAUACAGUGGCUUGAAAAUGAAAGCAUCGAAGAAUCUGGUGUUCUGUUGAAACAAAUGGGAUUUUCAGAGUCAACAAAUCCUUCAAACUGUAUAUGACAUAUUCCUCUCAUGUAUAUUUUAAUGAUAAAUGUAUUUUUAACAGUA